AAUGGCCAGCCUGCGUUUCACCCUUCUCUGAUCCCUCUCCCCUCCACAUCCUCGCACCGCGCGCACUGCGAACCGUCCGUCCUUUCUUCUCCCCACCUCUUCUGUUUGUCUCUUUUCCCUCUGUCACACGCUCUUUCGUUGCGUCCCCUGCCUCUCGCUCUUUGCGUCUCCUAGAAACAAAAAAAGACGUCGUUUCGUGUCUUCGACGUAGCGCACCCCCUAUCGACGCUCGGCAUCGUCAACGACCGAGCUCCCUCUCCCGUCCUCCCGUCCCUCCCCUUUUGCCGCGGCCCCUGCACGACCGGUCUGAGGACCGUGAAUCGUCAAUUCUCGGAGCUCUCCCCACAGCUAGCCGUCAACCUGAAGCAGGCCUUCAGCGAGCUGCUUGACGGAACGGCCAUCCUUUGUGGGAUAGCCCGUAUCACGACUGAACGAUUGCCUUUAGACGCGAGCCAGUAUACCUUUUGGCCGCAAAUCACGACCCUGGAAGCAUCUGAUACGAAACAUCAUUCAUCGGCGCACCCACCAGCAUCUUAGCGCCCCCCUUGGACAGGAGCUGAAAUCUAGCACGACGACACUGUAAAGAAGAAUCGUCCAUCCACCUAGCCGCAGGCCCAAUGCAAAACAGACACUCCUCCCGGGCCUCACGAUCCUCGGGCUUCAUCCCUCUCGGCGGUGGCGGCACCUCCCGAAACGAAAUGGACAACGGAAUUCCCCUCACCACCGUCCGUAGCAAUGCUUCCACGGGCGCCCGGAAGCCCAUGAUCGGCAACUCGACGAGCUUCGAGUCUUCCCAGACGGCAAACGAAAAAGGCGAAACGCACCACCGUCAUGCUGGCCGCCGGAGGAAGCAGGGCAACCUCGGCCGCAGCGGCACUGGCGACUCGGAAGACGUGAGGCUGAACGCCAUGGGCAGGCUCUACGCGAAGAUUGUCGGCUUCUCCGUCAUCACGCGCUACAUGGUCUACGUGGUGCCGGUCGGCAUCCUGCUCGCCGUCCCUCUUGUGGUCAUUCCCAUGGUGGGCGACAAAGACGGUACGCCUCUCGGAUCCGUCACCAAGAAGAAUGCCAAAGGCGAGGAUGAAGUCACCGAAGGACCUCCCCUGUUCAAGCUGUUCCUGUGGAUCGAAAUCACCUGGCUCACGCUGUGGGCUGCCAAGAUCGUUGCCUUCUUCAUCCCCAAGAUCUUCAUGUUCUUCUGCGGCAUUGUCAGCAGGGGCGUCCGCAAGUACGCCACGAUCCUGAGCAACCUCACCAUCUCGCUGUCGCUUCUCCUCUGGGCCCUGGCAACAUGGAUCACCUUCAUGAAGCUCUUCGAGGCAUCCUUCAAUGCCGACAUUCAGUGGGUCGUCGUUCUUCAGCGUAUUUUCGGCGCUCUCUUCGUGUCGUCUGCGUUGCUGCUGGCCGAAAAGGCCAUCGUCCAGCUGAUUAGCGUCUCGUACCACCAACGAUCAUUUGCCAACCGAAUUAAGGCUUCGAAGCGCGAGAUCCACUUGCUCGGCCUUCUCUACGACGCCUCGCGCACGCUUUUCCCCAUGUACUGCCGCGAGUUUGCAGACGAAGACUACGUCAUCAACGAUAGCAUCGAGAUGAUGUUGAGGAAGAAGGCAGGUCGCAAGUCGAAUGGCGCCGCGACGCCCAUGAAGCUCAUUGGUGACGCUGCCCGUCUUGGCGAUAAGGUGACCUCAGCCUUUGGAAACAUUGCGCAUGAGAUUACCGGGAAGCAGGUCUUCAAUCCCAACUCGGCGCACUCGAUUGUCCUGGAGGCUCUCGAGAAGCGUGUGCCAUCAGAAGCCCUGGCGCGCCGUAUCUGGAUGUCCUUUGUCCUCGAGGGCAAGGACGCGCUCUACCUUGAGGACUUUCAGGAAGUCCUCGGGCCCGCGUACAAGAACGAGGCCGAGGAGGCGUUCAACGCCAUCGACAGCGACAUCAACGGCGACAUCAGUCUGGACGAGAUGGUGCGAAAGGUGGUAGAAAUGGGCACCGAGCGCAAGGCCAUAGGCGAGGGCAUGAAAGACAUUGGCCAGGCACUCCGGGUCUUUGAUAAGGUUUUGCUCUUCGUCGUCUUCCUGCUGGUCAUCUUCGUCUUCCUUGUCUUCUUCAAGAGCAGCUUCGUGACGACAAUCAUUAGCGCUGGUACCACGUUCCUUUCGCUGUCUUUCGUCUUUGCCGUCACUGCCCAGGAGUUUUUGGGAUCCUGCAUCUUCCUCUUCGUCAAGCACCCCUUCGACGUAGGCGAUAGGGUUGAAAUCACCAGCACGCAGAUGAUGGUCGAUAGAAUCUCUCUCUUGUACACUGUCUUCACCCGUCUGGACACCAUGCAGACCGUCCAGAUCCCCAACAUUCAGCUCAACAACCUCUGGAUCGACAACGUUACUCGCAGCAAGGCCAUGUCGGAGACGGUCGAGCUCAAUGUCUCUUACGACACGUCGUUUGAGGACAUUGAGCUGCUUCGCACUGAGAUGGAGAAAUUUGUUCGCGCCCCGGAGAACACCCGCGACUUCCAACCCGACUUCAACAUCAGCGUCGGCGGUGUCGGCAACCUGGACAAGAUGCUCCUCUACAUUAGCAUCAAGCACAAGUCUAACUGGCACAAUGACAAGGUUCGCGGCACUCGCCGGUCCAAGUUCAUGUGUGCACUGGCCAUUGCGCUCAAGAAGAUCCCCAUCUACGGCCCCGGUGGCGGUGCUGAGGCCCUGGGUGGACCGACCAACCCGACAUACUCUGUCGCCGUUACUGAUCAAUUUGCCUCUGCUGCCCGUGAUGCGGCCGCGAAGGACAAGGAGACGGGCCGUAUGGUCCCGACGCACGUUGGCCAGACCCAGGAGGAGGCCCGCGAGACCGAACAGCAUGCCGUCACGGAGCUCAACAACCGUCCUUUGGUGGUCGAGACGGAGGGCCUCUGGGACCCAAGCGAGCGUGACGAUCGAUCCCCCGCCGGGCAUGGCGCAUCGGACGAUCCGCGCCGGUCCAGGGACAUCGAGUCUGUCCGCAACGAGCUUAACCGGGCGAGCACCCGCGGCCGUCGCAGGGCUGGCGAGGGCCUGCAGAAUCUCACGCCGACUGAUAGCCAUGCUCCCGGCCACCACCAGCAUGCCACCAGCCCACGGCUAGAGACGUUCGACGAAGAGGCACGGACUGACAUGCCGUCUACGUUUUACGACCUCAACCGCGGCCAGUCGGACGCAAUGGCGCCCUCCGAGGAGGAUGAGCAGGGACUUUAUCCGAGCGGCUCGCAGCACAUGCCACAUAGGGGUCCGAGCUACCGGGGCCCGCCGCCCAGCCACGGCCAGCGCUAGUAUUCGAUCGCAUGAUGGGCUGACGCAUAGAGAGGAAUGAAAAUGUAUCUUGCAAAGCAUAUACCCAACAACCCUUGGGUAUGGACCUGACGCGACGCAACGGAGUAUUUGCAUUUUGACACGGCAUAUGGUGCAUUUGGACUAUAAUGUGGAGGCAUAACGCGUGCCGCGCAGCAAGCAGCUGCGGACGGGCAAUGCUUGGCCGGAUUGCCUACUGAGGCAUCGCCGACAACGAUUCGGCUGUAGAGUUUUACGAGUGUAUCUUCACGAUACCAUAGAUUAAAGGAAGAGACGAGAG